CCUAUGAGCAUCCAGCACCCAGGGCUCGUUGUCGUUCCAGCUUCCCCAAAAUCAAGAUGAUGAUCCUUUGUUUACCGGGGUCAACAACUACCUAAACUACCUAGCGCUCAUACGACGAAAAAGAGAUUCUUGAAAACCAAAACUUAGGAUUAUAUCUCUGCUCGACUCUUGGCUAUAUUCUAUAUUAUUAUUAUUUAUCUUAUAACAAUCGCUUUCCGACGCUCACUAUGCGUUCCUCUUUACUAGUAGCGCUUGGUAGUGCUACCCUAUCCCACGCCAUUCCAACCAUCGAAGCGUCUGGUAACAAGUUCUUCACGAGCGAUGGCGAUCAGUUCUUCAUAAAAGGAGUUGCAUAUCAGCUCACUGAGCACGACCCGCUGGUUGAUACUGAGCAAUGUCAACGAGACGCUUCGCUGAUGAAGGAAUUGGGUGCCAACACCAUUCGUGUCUACCAUGUCGAUCCGAGUGCAGACCAUUCUGGCUGUAUGUCUGCCUUCUCCGACGCAGGCAUAUAUACCAUGAUAGACAUGGACACUUUCGAUACAUAUAUCUUGCCUAACGAUCCGUGGUGGAACCAGACUCAAUUCGAUGCCUACUCCAAGGUCUUAGACAGCUUUCAAGAAUACGAUAAUUUAUUGGGCCUGUUUGUAGGGAAUGAGAUCAUUGCGACCGAAAGCCAGUCGCUUGCUGCACCCUUUAUCAAGGCCAGCUGCCGAGAUCUGAAGGCAUACAGAGACUCGAAGGGAUACCGUAAAAUUCCAAUUGGCUAUUCCGCAACCGAUAUCGCGGAGCUUCGACCUAUGCUACAGGACUACCUCACCUGCGGAGGCAACGCGUCUGAGAACGUCGAUUUCUACGGACUCAACUCGUAUCAGUGGUGUGACCCCACUGACUACCAAACGUCUGGCUACGCCAACUUGCAAGAUCAAGCCAAGGACUUUCCCGUGCCUAUAUUCUUUUCCGAGACUGGGUGCAAUAAGCCUGGCCCUCGACUAUUCGAUGAUCAAGAUGCCAUAUUCGGCCCUGAAAUGGUCAACGACUGGAGCGGUGCCAUCAUCUACGAAUGGAUCGAAGAGGCCAAUGAAUAUGGUUUAAUCUCCUAUGGCCCUAAACCCGACGCGACUGCCACAGGAGAAAACAUCGUAGGGGGGUAUACGCGUGCUGGAACUCCGACGCCAGUUACUCCUGACUUCGAUAACCUCAGCAAACACUGGGCCACCAUCACCCCGACGGGAGUGGCCAGAUCUGCUUACGAUACCAAUGGGGUUUCGACACGCGCAUGCCCAACAUCGACAGCCAGUGGAUGGCUUAUCGACGGCAACGUUGCUCUCCCGAGCCUAGGUGAAACCUUGACGGGUAGCUACUCAUCAGUACCCAGUGCUACGGGCACAGCUGCCGCUAGCCCGUCGGAAACCCAAAAUUCCGUCUCGGGAUCCAAAGAGAUCGCCGGUAUGGGCGCUGGUCUCGUGGGUGUAAUGAUGAUUUUUACUCUCUGGCUAUAAAAGGGUCCGAGAGUUGCGAUGAUUGCAUACCUUUAAUCCACAUGUUUAUAUGUUUAUUCGGUAUUAUUUAUCAAACACCACAUCCCUUUCUUCGACAUACUACGUUACCAGGAGUUCUAAAUUAAGAGGGGGCUAGUAAGGCAUCGUACACGGUGUUUCUUGUCUUACAAUAACGACUUUAGCCGUUGGCUAGGUAAUGGGUUUGCCCUCCUUCAGGGACAUUUGUACAUAACAAAGAGAUUCAUAGACGCUCGGAGACGAUGACAGAGGUAAUAUGAUUAGGAUUGCAUACGAGGAGGAUAUUGAGGAUUUCAAACAGACGAUGUCAUAUGAGUGUCAUGAAGCAACAACUUUAUAGCCAGGGAGUUUAAGGCCCCUGGAGCCAUGCUUGAUUAUAAAAUUCAAUGAUAUUUUGGCUAUGAUACCUCAACUGGCGUGUA